AUUUCGCGAGUCUUUCGUGACAGCUUGCUGUCACUCGGUUUCGGUAGCACAUCACAGAAAAUCUGACAUUUUGAGAAACGCCCAUAGAAUUCACUAUCUGUGACUACCUGUCAUCGAUUUAUUUUAGAAAUAGAAACCCAGUGUUGAUAAUUGUGUAACCUUAAUCAGCUGUUUGACUGUAUUCCGUUGGUUCUAAAAAUGUUUGCAGUAUUACCAAAGGCUUUAUUAGUUCCAAGAACCAUAAAAUUGAACACAGCUUCCGUAUCAGAAGCAAUAAAAGUUGUUUUUAAUGACAGGACGAAUACAAGAGGAUACCAUGAAGUUGUUGGAGAUGUUCUUACACCAUCACAAGUUAUGGGCAUUGACCACUUAAGAGAUCCAAGACUAAAUAAGGGCCUGGCAUUCACCUUAGAAGAACGUCAAGCGCUAGGAAUACAUGGCCUUCAACCAGCCCGUUUCAAAUCUCAGGAAGAACAAGUGCAACUGUGCAAAAUGUCGGUGGAGAACUACCAGGAACCGCUCAACAAGUACCUAUACCUGUCAGAGUUGCACGACAGAAACGAAAAAUUAUACUUUCGACUUUUGUCCGAAAAUAUUGAGCAAUUGCUGCCAAUAGUCUAUACACCAACUGUAGGACUUGCAUGCCAAAGGUUCGGUCUCAUCUACCGACGACCUCACGGGCUUUUUAUAACAAUCAAUGACAAGGGACAUGUGUAUGAUGUACUUAAGAAUUGGCCUGAACCUGAUGUUCAUGCCAUUGUGGUAACCGAUGGUGAAAGAAUUUUGGGAUUGGGAGAUUUGGGAGCUUGUGGCAUGGGUAUACCAAUUGGAAAAUUGGCUCUUUAUACAGCUCUUGCAAGAAUAAAACCCCACCACUGUUUACCAAUUUGCCUUGACGUGGGAACUGACAAUGAGGCUCUAAUGGUAGAUCCAUCAUAUGUUGGUUUGAGACAAAAAAGGGUUAGAGGUGCUGCAUAUGAUGAAUUCGUGGAUGAAUUCAUGUCUGCAGUUGUAAAGCGUUAUGGGCAGGAUACCCUAAUUCAAUUUGAAGAUUUUGGAAAUGCUAACGCUUUCAGACUGCUUGAAAAAUAUAGAAACAAGUAUUGCACCUUCAAUGAUGAUAUUCAAGGCACAGCUGCUGUAGCUCUAGCAGGUUUGCUAGCUUCAAACAGGAAAACAGGAAAGAAGAUUUCUGAACAUAAGUUCCUCUUCUUUGGAGCUGGCGGUGCUGCUUUGGGUAUUGCCGAUUUGUGUGUAAAGGCAAUGGAGAGAGAAGGAAUAAGUGAAGCAGAAGCAAGACAGAGAAUAUGGAUGAUUGAUGUAGACGGUUUGGUUACCAAGUGUAGAGGCCAGCUGCUAGGACACCAGGAGUACUACGCGAAAGAACAUGCUCCAGAAAGAGAUUUCCUCAAGAUUGUCAAUGAAAUCCAGCCUUCCAUAUUGAUUGGUGCUUCUGCUACUGGAGGAGCUUUCACACCUGAUAUUCUCAAAUCCAUGGCGUCUUUCAACAAACACCCUAUAAUAUUCGCUCUCAGUAAUCCCACUGCCAAGGCUGAAUGUACUGCUCAGCAAGCUUAUGACCAUACAGAGGGUCGUGUUAUAUUCUGCAGUGGUUCUCCCUUCCCUGAUGUGCAAUACGGAGGUCAAAUUUACCAUCCCGGACAAGGUAACAAUGCUUACAUCUUCCCUGGUGUAGCCCUUGGAGUUAUAGUGGCAGGAGUUCACCAUAUCGUUGAAGAUUACUUCAUUAUAGCUGCUCAAACGGUUGCAGAUAAUGUUAAAGAGGAAGACCUCGCCAAGGGUAGUCUGUACCCUCCUCUAGGUUCUAUCAAUGAGGUUUCUUUACAGAUUUCAACCAAAAUCAUGACGGAUGCCUACAAAAAUGGGAAAGCCACAUUUUAUCCAGAACCCGAAGACAAGCGCAAGUUCGUUGAAUCCCAAUUGUACAGUCAUUUCUACGAAAAAUCUCUACCAACAACCUGGUCAUGGCCCGAAGGUCAAAAAGUAGAGACGGUACCUCUGCAACCCAAGAGGAAAAUAACAAUUUCUUAAAUUAAGAGAUGUUUGUUACUUAUUUGGAAAAUCUAAAAGUAUUUAUUUAUAUUUUGCUGUGAUUUCAUUUGUAUAGAUGACGUUGAAAAAAAAUGUUACAGACUAAUGUAUGUAUAUUGUGUGUAAUAUACACGAUAAUAAAUUAGGUUUUAAUUUAA